CAAUUGGUCUUCGUUUUUAUUAUACCGCGGCGGGGUUUUUAAUUUAUUUUUUCCUUUCUCCCCUAAUAAUUUUAAUUUUAUUGUUCAAGUGAAUGAUUAUUUACUUUAAAUAACAAAGUGCAAGGGAAAUAUUAACUAUUAAAUCAAAAAAUUGUUUUCGUUGUUUUUAAGUCGUGAAGCAAAACGCCAUUUGCUGUGCUGAUAGCGGGAGGGUCUUUAGUUAAUAGUAGGGGGGAGUAGAAAAUAAGUAAUAAGACAACAAAAUGACAAACAUGCGCCCACCGCAGAAAUCCAAACUAUUGAAGGUCGUCAUAUUAGGCGAUGGUGGUGUGGGCAAGUCUGCGCUUCUCAACCGCUUCGUCUCCAAUCGUUAUGAAGAAAAUAAUUUCCACACAAUUGGAGUGGAAUUUAUGAACAAGGAUAUUAUAGUAGAUAACGAAAAAUAUACUCUACAGAUAUGGGAUACGGCUGGACAAGAACGUUUUCGUGCCUUGCGUACACCCUUUUAUCGUGGAUCGGAUAUAUGCCUGCUUUGCUAUGCUCUGGAUGAUCGGGAUAGCUUGCAAGGAUUGGGCAUGUGGCGUAAUGAGUUUCUUAACUAUGCCGAUGUGAAACCAGACAAAUUUCCCUUUAUAGUGGUGGGAAAUAAGAAUGACCUUCAGCCGCAACAGCGUCAGAUUAAUUCUGAUGAGGUUAAACAAUGGUGCAAAGAACUUAAUAUAAGCACCCACAUUGAGACAUCCUCGAAGACGGCAACAAAUGUCACCGAAGCCUUCACACUUGCCCUACGCCAAUGGAAGCAUAUGGAGUGUGUGGCUGAGGCGGAGCUGCGUCAACAGAAUGGUGAUACUAUCGAUUUAACGCGACCCAUACGUCUGAUACAGAAACGUUACUGCUGCUCAGGCGGUGGCACUGGUGGUUCGUCUGGUCGUGGUUCAUAUGCUGAUGAUGAUGAUGACAAUGAUGAUGCAUCAAUGCGAACGCCAUCCACAUUGUUUGGACAACAACGAAGUGCAACAGCGGCGCCAUCGACCAAUUAUCGUCUAUGAAUCGACCAAAUUGCGUACAACGCAAUAUAAGAAGAGUUGUCUAGAUAAUUGAAGCGCCUUUUAAGAAAAUUACUCAAUGCAUUCCUAAUUGAAGACCAAGGAUAUAAUUGUAAUCUACACCAAAAACUAAGAUAAUUGUUUGGUUUUUGUUUUUUACAAAAUAUUAGUUUAAAAAAGCUGUAAAAGAGUAUAACGAUUUGUAUAACAAAACCCAUUUCUCAAGACCCAAAUUCGUUAAAAAUCGCAAAAUGCUAGCCCGAUUGAAUGUAUAUUUUUAAUCGCAAAACGACAUUAAUUGCAUUAUUGUUAUCUAUUUUGACUUAUCUAAAUUGCUUUCAACAGCUGUGCCUUUUAAUGGAAAAGUCAAUUGAAUUGACUUUGCCUUAUUACCCAUUAUAAGCAUUUCUCUUGUCUCUUUCCUUUCCUAAGAAAAAAAUAAUUCGAAUACGAUUUACGAACAAAUGCAAAACGGUUUUUAUUUUUGCAUAAAUGACAAAGUUUUAAUUUCAAAACCAACAAACAAAUAUAAUAUGAAGUAUAGUUAGUGAGAUAUUGAAGUAUAACAUUUUUACAAAUUUAUUAUAAUAACAUAUUAUAUGUAAAUACGCUUAAGCCUGGUA